AUGGCUGGUGGCUUCAAAGGGAAACAGAGUGAUAAUAGCCCGGCUAAAAUUAAUGUUAAAGACCUGAAACAGGAGAUACUUUCUCCAAAUACCCGAGGUGGAGGAAAUACACAGAGUUCAAAUAAUGAUAAAAAGAUGAACGAUCGUUCACACCCGGGUAAAUCUCAACACGGAGGUCCUCCAAAUAACCAACAUGGCGGUGGAAGUAGCUCCGGCGAUGCCAAUAGUCGAGGCGAUGUGCCCGGCAUGUCGGCGGCAAGUGCAGCUGCUCUUUCCACGAGAGAUGAGAAAAAAUUCACUGGCAGAUGUCGAUUAUUUGUUGGCAAUCUUACUCCAGAUAUAACUGAAGAAGAUUUCCGAAAACUUUUUCAGCCUUUUGGAGAAAUAUCCGAAGUUUAUGUGAACGCCGGUAAAGGAUUUGGCUUUAUUCGUUUGGACUAUCGUCACAAUGCUGAAGCAGCUAAAGCUGCUCUUGAUGGGAUGCAACGCAAAGGACGUACUCUUCGUGUUCGCUAUGCUUCUCUUGGAUCUGCACUCAAAGUUAAGAAUUUAUCCCAGCAUGUCUCUAAUGAAUUAUUGCAUCAAGCUUUCUCCCAGUUUGGUGAAGUUGAGCGUGCAGUAGUUAUUGUAGAUGACAGAGGUCGACCUACAGGAGAAGGAAUUGUGGAAUUUGCCCGAAAACCUGGUGCCCAAGCUGCAUACAAGAGAAUUACUGAAGGAGUGUUCCUGCUUACAUCAGCACCUCGUCCUGUAACUGUUGAACCCUUGGAUCAGAAAGAUGAAGAAGAUGGUUUUCCAGAAAAGUUCAUUAAUAAAACUGAUGGAUAUAAAAAAGACAGGGAAUCUGAACCUAGGUUUGCACCUCCUGGUUCAUUUGAAUAUGAAUUUGGCUUACGCUGGAAAGAAUUGGAAGAGCUUGAAAAGCAACAACAUGAAAGUGUUAAAAAAGCCAUGGAAGAAAGCCGCCUUAAAUUGGAAGAUGAAAUGGAAAAUGCUAUGUUCGAACAGCAAGCUGAAAUGAUUCGUCAAGAUUUACUGAGACAACAAGAAGAAUUGAGACGACUUGAGGAAAUGCGUCAACAGGAACAAAUUCGCAGGCGGCAAGAACUAGAAAUGAGGAUUCUUUUCAAUGAUAGGAGACAAGAUGAAGAAAGGCGUAGGCAAGAAGAAGACAGAAGACGUUCUGAUCUUUUGAUGAGAUCUCAAGAAAUCCGACGCAGGCAAAUGGGACAAGAUUCUAUGGGUAGAGGGGAUCGUCCGGGAGAUAUGAUGGGAAGACAGGGAGGUAGUCCAGCAAUGAAUGACAAUCAGCAGCGUGGCCGCAAUGCUGGUACUGGUGCUCCUCCUCUCCCACCUCCACCACCUCCACCUGCUGGUAUGGGAUUGGAUAGACCAGGUCAGAACCAGAUGCCUGGUGGUGGUAGCAUGAGUGGCAAUUAUAAUUAUAACAACCAAGGAGGCCCAAUGGGUGGACAGAAUAUGGGAGGUGGACCCGGUGGCAAUACUGGUAACUCAAAUAACAUGGGUGGAGGCCCUUCUGGUGGUGGAAUGACUGCAAACUCUAUGGUGAAAAUGAAUCAAAAUGUCCCCAACAGAAUGCGUCAGUCUCGCUACGAUCAACCUGGGGAUAACAACUUUGGAGGUUCUGACAAUUACGGGUCAGCAGGAAUGGGCAGCAGUCCCGCUAGUGCCAUGGGUGGCGGUGGCGGCGGUGGCCCACCUAUCAGUAGUGGUCAGAUGGGUGGUGGACCCAACGGUCCCCCCAGCUUGUUCAAUUCCAAUAUGGGAGGAAACAUGCCUGGGUCUGGCAACAGUGGAAUGCGUGGAGGCGGAGGUGGUGGUGGUGGUGGUGGUGGCGGCGGCGGCGGCGGUGGUGGAGGAGCCGGCAACAAUGCAGACAGAGGUAACAUGAUGGACAGGCAGAGAGAAUCUAGCAGAGAAGACUAUGCUGAGAUGAAAAGGAUGCGACGAUAUUAA